AUGUCGGACGAACAGAAGGCGCAGUAUACCUCGCUGGAGGAGAUCGAUCAGAUGCAUGCAGCCCUGCGCGCCGGGUUCCGCAGCGGCAAGAUGAAGUCCAUCGCGGCGCGGCGCACCCAGCUCACCCAGCUGGGCUACCUCGUGCAGGACAACAUGGAGCGCUUCAAAGAGGCGUUCGCGGCGGACCUGGGGCGGCACCCCAUGGAGGCUUCCUUCCUGGACCUGCUUCCGACGUUGAGCGACACCAAGAUUGCCAUUGACCGCGUGGAGAAAUGGGCGCGCACCGAGCGCGCGCCGUUCUCGCUCAACUUCGCGGCAACACGCCCCGUCAUUCGCAAGGAACCCAAGGGUGUCGUGCUCAUCAUCGCGCCCUUCAACUACCCCGUCUGGCUCACAUUUGGCCCGCUCAUCGGCGCACUCGCAGCAGGCAACUGCGCCGUCCUCAAGCCCUCGGAGCUCUCGUGGAACGUGACGAAGCUCAUGGCGGAGCUCGUGCCCAAAUACCUCGACCAGGACGUCGUGCGCGUCGUCCUCGGCGCCGUGCCCGAGACGACGAAGCUGCUCGAGCUGCCGUGGGACCAUAUCCUGUAUACCGGCUCCGGGCGCGUCGGUAAGAUCGUGAACAUGGCAGGUGCGAAGACGUUCUCGCCCGUCUCGCUCGAGCUCGGCGGGAAGAGCCCCGCGGUUAUCGACCCCAAGUGCGAUAUGCGCACGGCGGCGAAGCGGAUUCUGUGGGGCAAGGUGGCGAACGCGGGGCAGACGUGUGUUGCGCCGGACUAUGUGCUUAUUGAGCGCGGGGCGGAGGAUAAGUUUGUCGAGGCGUUGAAGGAAGCUCACAAGUCGUUCUUCCCGGACAAGUCAUACAAGGAGAUGAGCCGCAUCGUCGCCCCCAGCCACUUCAACCGGCUCAAGGGCCUCGUCGAGAACACCCAAGGCACUGUCGUCCUUGGUGGUUUGGAUGAGAUGGACGAGGCAGGCAAGCUCAUCACGCCCACCAUCGUUCGUGGCGUCAAGGAAGACGACUCACUCAUGAGCGAGGAAAUCUUUGGGCCAGUCCUGCCGAUCCUACCUGUCGACAACGUCGAUGAUGCUCUCGAGUACAUCAAUAAGCACGAUCACCCGCUGGCCUUGUACGUCUUCACCCAGGACGCGGCUUUCAAGGCCAAGGUCUUCGACAACACUACGAGUGGCUCCGCUGUUGCGAACGAAGUUCUGCUCCAGUGCGCCACUGACGGUCUUCCGUUCGGUGGCAUCGGCCCCAGUGGGAACGGAUACCAGACGCGCAAAUACGCGUUCGACAUGUUCACGCACCUCCGUGCGUCGCUCGACUCGCCGUCCUGGCUCGACAAGAUCAUGGGCGCUCGCUACCCGCCGUACACUGUACGUUUCUUCUCUUGCACACCGCCAUAUUAUUCAUAUCUCUCAUUUCGCAUGACAUGCAGUCUAAGAAGCUAG